UCUUUCGAUAAUUACUUCAUUUGACAAUUGACCUGGGAGCCUCACUCUCAUGAAUCGUGAGCCAAUCACCUGCAAUAAUUUAUUAAUGAGAGCGAAGCUCCAAGACCAAAAAGUAUGUGGGACGUAAUUAUCAAAAGGGUGUAUUAUUACACAAAGAAAAUUGGUUUCAGGUUUCACUCAAGUAUAAGAGGAUAUUUCAUACUUGUGCUUUGCUCUUGCAACUUUGAAAAACCUUGUACUGCCCAAGCUUUAAGAGAAACAAUGAAAAAUACACAUUCAAAUUUCAUAAAACCUGUCAUUCUGUCAAAAGUCAAUGAAAACAGUGGAACGGAAUUAGAUUAUGACAAUACCUUGUGUCAUAUUCAUAAUCACGUAGAUCAGUGAAAUAGUGGUCUACACUUAGUAUCUGUGAAGGAGCUAUACUUGAUAACUGGUUCCCCAUUUUGUACUGUACUUUUUCUUUCUUUUUUUACAUUUUUUCAUUCCUUCUACAUUAUUUUUCAUUUCAAAAUUUGGAACAUUUGUUUAUAUGGUACAUUGGUGUACAAUAUGGUACAUUAUUGUGCUACACGGGAUAACUAUUGCAUUAUAACAGUGUAUCCUUUCCUAUCCUGAAUUGUACUAUUAUGUACUAAAUUACCACAUAAAAUGCAACAAUAUUCCCCAAUGUCAUCAUCUAUCACAUAUCUACCUUACAUUAUCCCAUAUUAUCCUAUAGGUAGCUAUACAAUUGGCCACGUUUCGCAGAAAUGCAUAGUUGCAAAUUAGCAUUUGUUUCAUUGUUUGUAAACAAUGAAGCAUAAACACAAUCUCAACGAUGGCUCUGGGUACGAGAUUGGCGUAAACACUAAACAGAGCCAAACAGGAUCAAACCAAAACAAUGGCAUAUUUUCUUAAUAAAUUUAUCUCAAUUUUAUGUUUAAUAUUUCAAUAUUAUGUCACUACAGAGGAGUUAAAUGUGGAGACAAGAUGCCAACAUGAAAAUGAGAAAGUAUUUUUGGUCGACAAUUUGUUAAAACGCAACGAGAUUAAAUGGUUAAAUGGCUACCUCGUAGGACACAGGCCAUGGGUUUUAAAUCAAAAAGAUAGUUUUAAAGAAAUUUCUCUUGAUAUGAAAUCAAACACAACAUGGGUUUCGCCUGUGUCCACAGAAAUGUUUGAACGUACAAGAGUCUGGAAAGAACUGUCAAAAAUUUUAAAACAACUUACUGGAAGUGAACAAUUUGUAUGUUAUGCUAUGUUUACGAUGGCAUACAGAAUGGAUUUUAAACCUGUGUCGAACAUAGGGAAGCCAGGUAACAUGUAAAUGUUAUGCCGUUAGGCCCAAUGUAUGCCAUGCCGAACUUGUACGCCAAGACAGUGCAACCUUUAGACAAGACCGUAUCACUCCACCAACCAGGAAGUGGUGCUGAACCCAUUAACUCGCACUGCACCCUAACAUGCCCUACUUUAUUAUUUUACUCUGUCUAAUGCCAGAUGAUUUUACUGGUCAAGGGGAGAGUGCUCAGGCGCUCAAUGGGUUAUACCCUUGUAUUUUCAAAACUGUCAUAUUUACAAAAUGUUCAGAAACAGAUUAAACUGCAAAGCAUAUGCCAUACCCAUAUUUCUUGUUGUGCAAACUUAAAGGGGAAGUCAAGUCCGUAAUGUAAACAAACGGUUUGUUUACAUUUUGAACUGCUAUAUUUUUUAAAAUAUGAUGUACUGUCUGAAUAUCUAACACCAUUUUGGUUCACUAUGCUUCUAAAUGAAUAUGAAAUAGAGUUUAUGUUCAGAAAAAUACGAAACAUUUGAAAUUUGGGCAAUUUUCACAUUAGAGGUCCUCACAUUGUUAUGCGCAGAACCGAUGCGCAGAACAGACUCGACUUCCCCUUUAAGCUGAAUAAGACCGAUAUAAUUUCCUCUCUAGAUGACAAAGGUUUAACGGUGCAGAUAUUUCUUAAUGAGGACAUGAAGAAAAACGACUAUGGUGAGACAGUUUUCUACAAAGAUAACAACGAUGUCAUGUGUGGCAUUCAUCAACAACCUGGUCGUGUUCUUAUCUGGAACAAUACCUUAAACCAUAUGCCCAAACCACCUUCGAUGCUUUAUGUGCAAACACAAAAUUCUAUUGUGUUGAAGUUGAGCAACUCAGAAGAUGAAUACAAAAGCUGCAUGGACUUGAACAAGGUUGGUUUUUGUACAAGUACACAUCAUUACUCAAACAAAGUCACGUAAAACGAGUAUGCCACAAGUAUCUGAGUUCUCGGUGGUGCAGUUGGUUGGCAUGCUUAUAUAGAAACUAAGACAUUGUGGGUUCGAUCCCCACUCGGGGACUCAGAAGUGUUUUCUGAGUAAUAAAGCUUGAGAACAAUGCAUAGCAAUUCAAUGUACAUACAUUACAGUAUCACUGGCAAAUUAUCAAGUUGUUUCUUAUUUUCUAGGCAAACAAACAAGGUAUCCUUAAUUCAAGGCCACAAAAGUUUCCUUUCAUCGAUGAAAAUGAUAAACUUAACUGUCUUCAACAUGGCAGCAAUAUCAACUAUGCAGACCAUCUGACAAAUAAAUAUUAUGACUCACACGGUCACGAAAUUGCAGUGUUUGAUAAUGUUUUAUCUGAAAGAGACUUGAAUAAAUUGAGGGAGUAUUUAAUAAAUGAUUAUCACACAUUUGGAUUCCAACCCUAUGAUGACGAGCACAGUGAAGAUCAUGAUAAUGUGGCUUGGAUAUCUGUGCAAAAGGUAGAUAGGGAUUAGCAAGUAAAUAAUUGUACACUUGGAAUUAACAAAAAAACAUAUUAUUCCUAUAACUAAACAGAUCAUCCAUAAAUGUGAACAUUUUCACAAUCUUCAGCCUCUUCCACCGAAAGCAUACCUCAGGAAUGAUGAUGGUUCUACAGUUCACUAUUUUUUAAAAGCACACAUUGGUCAUUGCAUGCUCAUUAAUCCCCUUCCCCUGAAUGUAUAAUUAGGAAUAAAUUUCAUUCUUUAGUCCGAUGUUCUAGCCCAAAGUGGUCUUUGGCAAGUAGUGAAACAAGCAGCAACUUUUCUAAGUGGUCUGGACCAAUGGUAUCCUUAUGAUGUCUCUAUGAAUAUCGUUCAUUCAUUUCAUCAUACAAGAAUACACGAUGAUUGCGAACCUUCUGAGGUAACAUUAGCAAGCUAAAGAAUAUAACAUCAGAUAACUCAUCACCUCUGUGACAGAAGUUUGCUUCCAGCAAUUUAUGCACCUGUGUUUCAAGUUUGACGAUACAUUAAGUUUUCUUUAGGUACCCCAUUUCCUAAGUAGUACUGUAGCUGGUCCUCUAUGGAGAACAGUUUAUAACUGAGAUAUCUAGUAUACAGUAUCUAGUUAGCCUGUAGUUCAGUUAUUCUAUUUGUUGUAAUAAUUCUACAUGAUCAUGAAUACUACUACCUUUAGUAUGAAUACACAUUCUUACUGUACCUAAACAAAGAGUGGAAUGAAGAUCUUUAUGGAGAGACCGUCUACUUUGAAAAAGUGGAUACAGACGUGGAACCCGGAGAUGAGGAAUACGAGAUGAUUGCAGCAGUGAAGCCUCGUUAUGGACGUAUUGUCAUGUUCCGAGGCAUCAUACCUCAUUCAGCAAGACCACCCAGUCCUGGUUUUUAUGGAGCCAGAUACACAUUUGCAUGCAAGGUAAUUUCGAGCUAGUUUCUACUUUGGAAAUUAAAUACAAAGUCUCAGGGCAAGUGCAAUUUGAUUCUGAUGGAUGAUAAUUUCCCAUAGUCAGUCCAUUAAUUAAGGCGAAACAAAUUCCCUUUGAGCUUGAUGCAACUUACAGUAAAGGGCAGCCAAACUUUCUAAUCCCUGGUGUUAGAAGAAAUAUAAUAGCUGAGUGCAGUUGGUGAUAUGUUGUUACAAAUAACAUCAUACAUGUAUGUUUUCAAGCAGGUCAGCAAGACAUACAGAAGUGCAAAAUUGAAAAAGCUCAGAGAAACUGUAGAAGCCCUUCAUGAAUUUGGCGUGGAAGACGAGGUUGAUUAUUCAGAAGAAUUUGAAAAUAAUGAAGGAAAACAACCUGACAAUGUUGUUAAAUUAGAGCUAAACAGACAGAAACAAAUUUUGGACGAUCUUGUGCAGAAAAGACAGGAAUAUUUUGUGAAUCAACUUUGUGAAAACACUUAACAUUUUUAUGUGCAGUGCAACCAAUCAUCCAUUAAUUGUAAAUAAAUUAUUAUCUUUUCGUAAUUAUUAAUUGUAUGUUAUCUUUUUGUACUUAUUCAAACAAUUACCAGUAUACUAUAGUGAGUGAAAAUAUUUGCAAUGAGAUGGAGUGUUAUUUGAAAGAUUAAAAAGUGUGUUCAAAUGAACAAACAUGGGUUUUUAUUAUGGUUGCAUCUUGUUAACAAUAUGUUGUUAAUUUUUGUUCUGCUUGGUUCAUGAAUUAUUAGUCAGUUUGAGAAAUGUCACCAUUGUACAUUAACGCUACCUUCAAUAAGUUCAAACAAAGAUUCCUUCCCAGACCGUUUAGCAAGAUCUAAAGCAGUCUGAUUCUGACAGUUAACUAUGUUAGGAUCGAGUCUUUUGUCCAUUAACAGGACUUCUAAUAACAAGUUGUCUCUGGUGUAUGUUGCAGCAAGGUGUAGCGGUGUUUGACCCCCUGAUGUUUGUGCAUUGAUGUCUGCAUCAUUUUGUAGAAGCACUGAUGCAACUUCAGCUUGAUC